CUUGUUCUCCACUAUUCUCCUCUAACUCCCAUUUCUCAUGGCAACCAAGGGUUUCAGCCUGCAGGGAAAGCCAUGGUGGAGAGUUGGAGAGAGCUGAAAGGGGGCAGAUGGACAACAUGGAGGCAGGGGGUUUCCACGUGAAUGGCCCUGGCCUCUAGUAUCAGGGAAUCUGCAAUGUCCGGGGUCCAAAGCCCUCACUUUAUUGCAGGCAAGGGGCAGCCCAUGCCAAACAAUUUGGAGAAAAUACCAUGAUGAGACGCUCCUGAUGUUUUCCUGCUGAAAGGAACCCUGUGGGGGAUCCUCAUGGGAGGGGACAAUCUGGGGUCCCAGCUAUAGUCUUAGGAGCCAAUUUUACACUCAUUUGGCAUCCCGAACUCCCAGUGAUUCCAAUGGGAGUUUGGGAUGUAUCAGGAACACAGGAUCAAUCCCUUACAGCUUUACUGAAAUCCACAGGAAAUAAUUCAGGGCACAAUAAACAUCUAUAUUUUUAAAUCACUAACCAGGUUAAUUUGCCUCACAUUCUGACAUGCUUAAAACAAACAUCCUAAGAAAUAAAAGAAUCAUCCCUUUUUUCCUUUGUCCACUGGAAUUCUUUGAACUUUCUCUAAGCCCAGGAUACUGCAUUUGUCCCAGCCCUCAGUGGAAUUCUCUCUCCCUCUCGUCCCUGGAACGCUGUGAGCGAGUCUGGAAGGAUUUCUUGGACAGACAUUUUUGAUUAAAGCCUGUGUUAAGAAGGCUGGCUCAGGGCAGAUCAACGCCACUCCAAAUCCACUCGGUCAGGAGCAGCAGCAGAAUGAAGUUUCGAGGCGCCUGCUUGCUUCUGUGCCUCUUUUGCCUUGUGCAGGUUACAGUCCAGCAAGCCUCCACAUCCAAGCAAAGGACAGCGAGCUCCAAGAAAGAUGGUGUGAGCCUCAAAAUGAUUGAAGAUCUUAAAGCUCUGAUUGACAACAUCUCCCAGGAGGUGGCUUUACUGAAAGAAAAGCAAGCUCUUCAGACAGUGUGUUUGAAGGGCACUAAAAUUCACCUCAAGUGCUUCCUUGCGUUUUCUGACACCAAGACAUAUCACGAGGCCAGUGAAGACUGCAUCUCCCAGGGCGGCACCCUCAGCACCCCCCAGAACGGGGAUGAAAACGACGCGCUCUACGAGUACAUGAGGAAGAGUAUUGGGUCAGAAGCAGAUGUCUGGCUUGGCGUCAAUGACCUGGCAGCUGAGGGCAAAUGGGUGGACAUGACAGGCAGCAGCAUCCGCUACCGGAACUGGGAGACUGAGAUCACCACCCAGCCGGAUGGUGGCAAACUGGAGAACUGUGCAGCCUUGUCAGGGGUUGCCAUUGGCAAGUGGUUUGACAAGAAAUGCAAAGAUAAAUUGCCGUAUGUGUGUCAGUUCAUGAUUGUGUAACAGCAGGGCUCCUACUGCUGACAUGUAGGCCAGGUUAUUCUGUUUGGCAUCAGGAAUAUAUAUAAAUAGUUUAUCUAUUUGCACAUAAAUACAUUAUAUAUAUAUAUAUAUAUAUAUAUAUAUAUAUAUAUACACAAAUAGAUAAACUGUUUGCAAAUAAAGUCAUCAUGGCCUGGUAAUGCAUUAGAGCAUGUUAGAUCUAUGCUGCAUUUUAAUUGGCUAAAAGCUACUUCCAACUCCGUAGCAGCUGCAUUGUUCCUUACUAAGGCAUGAUUUAUAGAUAUAUUUUUUUACAUCAGAAACUUAUUAGGAUGGCUUAUGUGAUUUAAUAAAGAACCAGUGCAACACUCCAACUUUGCAUAUCAUAGAGUAGGUUACGUAAGCCUCAUUAAAUUGUUGCUGUAGAUACUUUUCCUGCAAUUCCCUUUCCAUUAUUGCUGAUUUUAUCAAGCUAUCCCUGAACUAAUCAAAUAUUUUCCUCCUGCCGAUUCAUGGCCCAAUCCUGCUCCCCUUACUCUGGGAGCUGGAGUCAGGAGAGACAGUCUGAGCUUUCAUUCAGUGAAAUCAGAAUCCAGUAUAAUCGAGAUCAGAAUCAGUUUCAUGCUGAUGAACAUGUUGUUCCAAACAGUAGGGCCAGUUCUUCUUGCCUGACUUUGACACUUACAAUAGAGACUACUUGCAGAGUAAAGUACUACUGAGACAUUGGCAGGGUUGAGCCCUCUGAUAAUAGGACAUCCUCAUGCGAAUUAGAAAGAAGUAGACUGAUCUAUAAAGAAGAGGAGUGGGAUUUUCAGAACUCAGAGUUGACCUAAAGUAAAUUGAUUUCAAUGGGAGUGGUUAAUCCAGGUGCUUCUGAAAAAUCCCACCGGGAAGCUUUAUUUUGGAGAAAGUACUGAUUAUUUACUAACUCAUUCAUUAAAAUAUAGUUUGAUAAGAUGGCCAUUAGCUAGGGUCUUUCGGAAUAGUAGCGGUAUAAAAGAUAAUUGAAUCCCAAGAAAAUCAGAUUUAGCCUCUUUAAGGAUCAUGUGAUCUAUUUUAGCAAUGGACUGUGUUGCCCUAGCUGACCCUUGUCAUCUGAUUGCAUAACUGAAAUGCUCUCGUAUCUGUUGCUUUUGUUUAAUGUCCUCUCCACUCAGGGCCAGAGUUUCAGUUGGUGUCAAUCAGUGUAGCUUUGUUUGCUCCCCUGGCUUCAAAGGAGCUAUAAUGAUUGACAUCAGCUGAAAAUCUGGUCUCGGUAUUUGUUUUCCAGGAAGAGGAUUAUAUUUCAGUAGACAUAUUUGUUUUAAAGAAGCAAUGAUGGAAAAAUAAUGGCAGGCCUGGACCAUGACAGUUUAAUGAGGCUUUGAUAAAAUUGUUUUUCUUAGAGUUUGCUGAAAUGUAUCAUUGGUUCUUUAAGACUGCUGUGCUUGAUGAUAACCCAUUUAGUUGAGGUUACUUAUUCCUUGCACUGUCAUGCAAAGGCCUCAGAUGUAACAUGUUCUUCUAAAGCCCAUUGGAGAAAUAUUUCAAGUCACUGCUUUGUUUAUAAACAACAUGAGCUGGGUGUCUUUCAGAAUUGAUAGCAGGAGGGCCAAACAGGAAGACAGUGCAUACUUCUGAGCCUACCAUUACUGCCAAACUCUCUGCUGUUCACAUGACUAUAAAAUAAAUCUAUAUAGCUUUGCUCAGAGAAUAAAGUCAAUUGAUCUUAAUGGAAUGCUUUCUUCUCCAGC